AUGGAAGAAAUUGGAAUUAUUUUGCCCGAAAAGGAUGAUCAAGUCACCGAUACCAAAGGGCUGCCUUUCGCUGGGCCACAAUCAUUUGAAGAACUAGAAUCUGAAGAUUUAUAUACGAAAUAUAAGAAAUUGCAACGCAUGUUAGAAUUUUUAGAAGUACAGGAAGAAUACAUCAAAGAUGAACAAAGAAAUCUUAAAAAGGAAUACCUUCAUGCUCAAGAGGAAGUUAAACGUAUUCAGUCAGUUCCAUUGGUCAUUGGACAAUUUCUUGAAGCUGUAGAUCAAAAUACUGGCAUAGUUGGCAGUACAACUGGCUCAAAUUAUUAUGUGCGUAUCUUAUCUACAAUUGACCGAGAAUUGCUGAAGCCAUCGGCAUCGGUUGCAUUACACAAACAUUCAAAUGCUCUUGUGGAUGUAUUACCACCAGAGGCUGACAGUUCUAUUUCUAUGCUGCAAGCAGAUGAGAAACCUGAUGUGCAAUACUCUGAUAUUGGUGGUAUGGAUACUCAGAAACAAGAGAUAAGAGAAGCUGUGGAAUUGCCACUGACUCAUGUUGAGUUGUACAGACAGAUUGGUAUUGAGCCACCAAGAGGUGUGCUCAUGUAUGGGCCACCUGGUUGUGGUAAAACUAUGUUGGCAAAGGCUGUUGCUCACCACACUACAGCUGCUUUUAUCCGCGUAGUUGGUUCUGAAUUUGUUCAGAAAUACCUGGGCGAGGGGCCGCGUAUGGUCCGUGACGUGUUCCGUCUUGCUAAAGAAAACAGCCCAGCUAUUAUAUUUAUUGAUGAAAUUGACGCUAUCGCUACUAAACGAUUUGAUGCUCAGACUGGUGCUGACAGAGAGGUGCAGCGAAUCUUACUGGAACUUCUUAACCAAAUGGAUGGUUUCGAUCAAACAACUAAUGUCAAGGUCAUAAUGGCGACGAAUCGUGCGGAUACUUUGGAUCCCGCCCUCCUCAGGCCCGGUCGUCUUGACAGAAAGAUUGAAUUCCCUCUUCCUGACAGACGUCAAAAGCGUUUGAUAUUCUCAACAAUCACAGCUAAAAUGAACCUGUCGGAAGAAGUAGAUCUCGAAGAGUUUGUUGCGCGACCAGAUCGUGUAUCAGGCGCUGAUAUAAACGCCAUCUGUCAGGAAGCUGGAAUGCACGCAGUGCGAGAAAACAGAUACAUUGUCCUGCCGAAAGAUUUCGAGAAAGGUUACAAAAACAACAUCAAAAAAGAUGAGAGUGAAUAUGAGUUUUACAAAUAA